AUGGGUGGGUUUCUUUCUCAUUUGGAGCCCGAACAAAACCAUGAAGUUUUAAAUGCCAGUUGUGGACCAAUUCGAGGAAACAUCUACAAACAUGGAGAGAAAAUAGUUGAUGGUUAUCUUGGAAUACCAUACGCGAAACCUCCUGUUCGGUUCGAAAAGCCUGUGGCUGCUGAAAAAUGGACCGAACCUCUCGAUUGCUACACGUACGGUCCUGGAUGCCCACAGUCUGGAAACUACGCUGUCAUGUGUCAUGACUGGAUGACAUUCGACGAGGAAAAAUGUUUGAACCUUAAUGUUUUUGCUCCGAGAUGGAAAUCUGAUGAGUUUCCAAAUGGAUUACCUGUUUUGGUAUACAUCCAUGGCGGUGGUUUUGAAAUUGGAUACUCGGGUUAUCUCAAUGACCGUUCGCUAAGUGGAACUAUUCCACUCCGAGAUGUAGUGGUUGUUACUAUCAACUACCGUGUCGGUGCGCUGGGAUUUUUCACUACUGGAGAUGACGUGGCAAAAGGAAAUUAUGGCCUGUGGGAUCAAACGCUUGCACUACAAUGGAUUCAAGAUCAUAUUGGGUCAUUUGGUGGAGACCGAAACAAUGUGACGAUAUCCGGAGGAAGUGCUGGAGCGAUUAGUGUUGACAUGUUGGCAUUGAGUCCCCAUUCAAACAAACUUUUCAAACGAUUCUAUUCUUUGUCUGGAACAUCUUAUUGUACGAUUGCAGUUCGUUCCAGUGAAGACGAAACCCACGCGUGUGAAGUUUUCGCAAAGCACCAUGGCUACUCUGGAAACGAGACGAAAAGCCUGUUGAAAUGGUAUCAGUCGCAGGAUGUUUCGAUUUUCAGAAAAACUGCCGAGAUAGAACUAGAUUUUUCUGGUUUCUUGUUUUUCGUCCCUAACUUUGAUGGUGAUUUCUUCCCGAAAGCAUUUGAGGAGUUGAGGAAAGAAGCACCAAACUUGGAUGCUAUGGUUACGGUUGGAGAGUAUGAAGGACUUGGAAUGAUGACUGGAAAUCCAAAAUGUACCGGUUCAAACGACCCCUUGACAAAUCUGAAAUCGAUUAUAGCGGAUUCAUACCGUUCUGAAGUGUGCAACAAUCAUCAGGAGGUUCAGAAGAAACUUCUCGAUGCUUACACUGAAAACGUAAAUACAACCGAUCAGUCAGCAGUUGCCAGGAAACUUGUAGAGUUCCUAAGUGACUACAUGUUCAACAAAGCUUCUUUGCAAACAGCUAAGUCUUGCACUACCAAUGGGAAUAAUGUCUACUUGGCAUCUUUCGAUUAUUUGAACACUGAAGGAGAUAUCGACCCGCAAUCUGCAGCACUUCCAUUUAGAGCAUCAACUCAUGGAUCGGAUCAUCCUUAUGUCUUUGGUGAUGCAAUUAUGACCCCGUUCAAUCCAACAGAAGAACAAUUGAAAGUAAUGGAUAUGAUGGGACAGUUCGUAGCGAACUUUGUCAAAUAUGGUAUAGAUGUGUUGGGAACUCUAGCAGGUAACAAGGUUCCUGAUAAAAAUACACAAGUUUUAAAUGCACCAUGUGGUCCCAUAAGAGGAAAUAUUUAUACUUUUCUAACCGCCACAAAAACCUGCCCGUUCUUAGAAGACAACUGCCUAACAUUAAACGUUUUUGCACCGAGAUGGAAUUUGACCGAAUUCCCCAAAGGAUUACCGGUGUUAGUUUACAUUUACGGAGGAGGAUUCGAGAUAGGAUACACUUCUUACAUGGAUGGAUAUGCAAUUACUGGAACAAUUCCACAGAGGGAUAUUAUCCUGGUUACCAUGAACUACAGACUAGGUCCUAUGGGUUUUCUAACCAUUGCUGAUGGUGUAUCGAAUGGAAACUAUGCAUUGUGGGAUCAGACUCUUGCUCUUCAAUGGGUCCAGGAUAAUAUCGCUGCGUUUGGAGGUGAUCCAGCUAUGGUGACUCUUGCUGGAACUAGUGCAGGAUCUGCGAGUACUGAUUUCCUAUCGUUGAGUCCUCAUUCGAACAAACUAUUCCGAAGAUCUAUUCAAAUGUCUGGAACUGCCUUCUGCAAUUUUGCGAUUCGACCGCAGAGAGUGGAAGCAUCAGUGGGACUGCAGUAUGCUCAAUCCAAGGGAUACGCUGGAAAUGACUCACAAAGUUUGUUUGCUUGGUAUCAUGCCCAGGAUCCUUCCAAUUUCAAAGGCGGUUUCCGAUCUAAAGAAGCAGGAGUUGUUCCAUUUGUUCCCAAUUUCGAUGGAGACUUUUUCCCAAAACCAUUCGAUAUUCUGAGAAAAGAGGCUCCGAAAAAGGAAGCUAUGAUCACAGUAGCAGAGAUGGAAUCCGUUGGAAUGAUAGUCUUCAACAAAUUAUUCGCGGAGCCAUAUAGUAAUUUUGGACAGUUUGUGGAUGAAACAUAUGGAUUAGAUGUUACCGACUACUAUGAAGAUGUGAAGAAAAAUUUGACCAAUUUCUAUUUGGGAAAUGUGAGCCCAUUGGAUAGAAAUGCGACUAACAAGCAAGUGUGUGAUUACGUCAGUGACUCUGUAUUCAAUAGUGGAACCCUAGACUCUGUCAGAUCUUAUGCUAAAUAUGGAAAUAAGGUGUAUUUCGGAUCUUUUAACUAUUUCAACAAAGUAUCUACUGAUAUGGCUGAUGUGUUGCAACCAUUCAAAGUGGCGUCGCAUAGUUCUGAUUUCAAAUAUUAUUUCGGAAGUGGAGUGAUGACUGAUUUCAAGCCAAAUACCGAGGAAAAGAAAGUGAUGACAAGUGUUGAAGACUUGAUGGCUAAUUUUGUAAAAUUUGGGGAUCCUAAUGGAAAAAAUAAAACCAAAACCUGGAAACCUUACAACUUGUCUCAACCAUUGAAAUACUACAAAAUAAGCUAUCCAACCAGUGGAAUGGCCGAUAACUUCCAAAACGGACGCCUGUCGCUUUAUGAUGACAUCAAUAAGAACUCUAAAAAGUAUCAAGAAAUAGUUUACGGUUUUCCGAAACUAUCCAAGAAAGCGAUUCAUUUGAAAAAUCAAAAAAGUUCAAAUUUGGCAUUCAAACUGAUGAAUAUCAUAAACUUCUUUCAAGCUAGUGAAUCUUUGACACAUCUCGUAACAGGAUUUGCACUAAUAUUCCCAGUUCUCCAUUCCAAGUUUAAUUUUUUUGUGAAUGUUAUGGGUAGUUUACUAAACGGAUUUUGGAUUGGCGAUUUUCCGAUUACUGUUCUUCUUGGUAUUUGCCGUAUUCUCGUCUUCACUAAUGUCAUUGAACUGAAAAAAAUGCCGCUUUUUGUUAAAAUUGCAUUAUCGACAAUAUUUUCGUGGUCCAUAUUUUUGACUAUUUAUGGUUCAUACACCCAGUAUUUUAUUUUUGUAACACCUGGUUGGGAUUACGACUAUAAUCUCUCAGUAAUUACAUUUUUCGAUACCCAAGAAAUUAUCAUAAGUUUCACAUCCCUCCUACUGUCAUAUAUAUGCUAUAUAUUCACGGCGUAUUUGAUUUAUACUAAGAAAAAUCUGUCAAGUAGUGUACAAUCCCGCAAAGACGAAAUUCUAAUUCUGGUUCAAUCCACAUUAGUCACUGGCUACAUUUCCAUACUCAUAUUAAUCUGGCACCAAACAUUUUUCCCAUUUAUGUCUUUUAUAGAUAUGACAAAAACAAAAAUUCAAGCCGCAAUGAAUUUUUGUAUACUACUUCACUGCUAUGUCAAUCCGAUUUCAACAUUUUUUUGCAACAAAUCGAUUCGUGAAGAGUGCCUGAGAAUUUUGGGGAUCCGGAAAGUGGUCCAAAAAAAAAGUAUUUCGGUGUCAGGAAUUUCUACACGUCGACUAACAGUGUCUACUGUGUCAGCAAUCGCAUAG